UGCAUGAUAGGCUCCUGUCAAAGACUGCCUCAAAUCACGGUCCGAUUUCUGAAAUUUCAGUGCCGUAUAUUUCAGCUCCACUCUCAUUCUCUCUCUCUCUCUCUCUCUCCCUCUCAACGAGGCAAAGAGCUGCAGAGACGCGUCUCGCCUAAAAAGCAUACAAAAAGUCUCAACUUUCUCUCUUCUCUCUCACUAGAAUCUCCGAAUCAUCUUUCUUCGUUCGGUAGAUUUCACAUCCUAUACAUUUCAAUCUAUACACACAUUCACAUAUAUAUAUAUAUAUAGAAAUCGAAACCACCUCAACGACGACGAAGAUCAAGCCCGAGACGACGGCGUUUCAGUUCUCGGAUCCCAGUUUCGGAACCAGAGAUCUCUCAAAUGGCGAAGCGUGGAUAUAAAUUGCAGGAGUUUAUGGCUCAUUCGGGUAGUGUGAAUUGCCUUACUCUCGGGAAGAAGACGUGUCGACUUUUCGUUACCGGUGGGGAUGAUCAAAAAGUGAAUCUUUGGUCGAUUGGCAAGGCAACUUCAUUAAUGAGCCUAUGUGGUCACACAAGUCCAGUAGAAUCUGUAACAUUUGAUUCGACAGAGGUUUUGGUGCUUGCUGGAGCUUCUGCUGGUGUUAUAAAGUUGUGGGAUUUGGAAGAAACAAAGAUGGUUCGCACUCUUACUGGACACAGAUCCAAUUGCACUGCUGUUGAAUUCCAUCCAUUUGGUGAAUUUUUUGCCUCUGGUUCCAUGGAUACUAAUCUAAAGAUCUGGGAUAUCAGAAAGAAGGGAUGCAUUCACACAUACAAGGGUCAUACUCGAGGAAUUAGUGCUAUAAAAUUUAGUCCUGAUGGUCGCUGGGUAGUAUCUGGUGGAUUUGAUAAUGUUGUAAAGGUGUGGGAUCUAACUGCUGGAAAGCUCUUGCAUGAAUUCAAGCUCCAUGAAGGACAUAUUCGAUCCAUAGAUUUCCAUCCCCUUGAGUUCCUUUUGGCAACAGGUUCAGCAGACAGGACAGUGAAAUUUUGGGAUUUGGAGUCCUUUGAACUAAUUGGAUCAACCAGACCGGAGGCUACAGAGGUACGAUCAAUUGCCUUUCACCCAGAUGGAAGAACCCUGUUUUGUGGAUUGAAUGAUAGCUUAAAGGUUUAUUCAUGGGAGCCUGUAAUUUGUCACGAUGCUGUGGAUAUGGGAUGGUCAACACUGGGUGACAUCUGUAUACAUGAUGGAAAACUCUUGGGUUGCUCGUAUUAUCGGAACUCUAUUGCGAUUUGGGCAUCAGAUAUUUCGCUUAUCGAGCCAUGUGGGGCUGGCUUGGUAACUGAGCAGAAACAUGAUCUUCAGGAAAGUCCUUUGGAUAAAGUAGGGAGUCAUAGAACGACUGCUUCAAGUGUGCGCUGCCCAUCUCCAGAUUAUGAGAUUAAAGAGAUAAAAAAUAUAUACGUGGAUAGUGGUACUCCAGUUGCCUCGAAAAGAGUUGGUUCUUAUACGUCUCCUAAGGUUGUAAACCCCUCUGAUUCCAAGGAAAUCAAUAAUAUACAAGCCCAGAAGAAGGGUCCUGCAGUUGCUGUGCAUGCAAAAAAUAUUAGGCAAACAAAUACUAAAUCCUUCGUAGUACCUAGUGUUGUACCUCGGGACAAUGCUGAUGGAAAAGAAUCGGCCAAUUCUAGAAGAGAAUCUGUUAGCUCUGGGAGGGCCAGCAUUGGUAUGUCACUCAAGCCACCUCAUAUACGGAGGCCAUCAGCUACCAAAUUUGAUGGGGAGAGGCUGUCGGUGCCCAUUGAAUCUGAAUCUUUUUGCAAAAGAAGUGAUGAUACUGCAGUGUAUCCAAGCUUCCAUCACAGGCUUAUAGCAGAUGAUGAUGCUAGAGAAACCUCUGUGGAAAAGCAUUUGAAUAUCAAGAGUGUUGCAGAGAAGUUCGAAAAAGUUUUGUCACCAAAGGGACCAUCUAAUCAAGAAAACGGCAAUGACCCCCCCAGUAGCUCUGAAGGGACAAAUUCAGUUAAACUUGUCAAUGGAGUGGCAGUUGUACAGGGAAGGACGCGCUCUCUGGUUGAGAGGUUUGAAAGGAGAGAAAGAUUAAAUAGUGAUGAGGUUCAGGCACAUGAUACAACCGCUCAUAUAAUAACUGAGACUGCUAAAACAACCCCCAUGCUGAAUAGAGAUCCACAAAUUACUGGAAGGGAGUUGACAUCCUCAAAUGAUGGUGACUUAACUGAAGAUUUGAUGCAGAAUCAUGAUGUAUUCUUGAGUACCCUUCAGUCCCGCUUGACGAAAUUACAGGUGUUGCGGCAUUUUUGGGAUCGGAAUGAUAUUAAUGGUGCUAUUGAUGCUGUGAGGAAGUUGCCUGAUCAUUCUGUACAAGCAGACCUGAUGAGUAUUCUCAUGGAGAAAAUGGAGAUUCUCACCUUAGAUCUGUUUUCUUGCUUGCUGCCUGUGCUUUUGGGUUUACUGGAUAGCAAGAUAGAAAGGCAUGCCAAUAUUUCCCUGGAGAUGCUAUUGAAACUUGUUGCAGUCUUUGGACCAGUAGUCCGCUCAACCAUUUCAGCACCUCCAGUCAUUGGUCCCGAUCUUCAUGCAGAGAAAAGACUCGAAUGCUGCAGUCAGUGUUUUAUCCAUCUGCAGAAGAUCCCAAAAAUUCUUCCGGUGUUUAUAAGGAGAGGUGGUCUACUGGCGAAAUGUGCUCAAGAACUAAAUCUAGUUCUUCAAAACUCAUGACCCCCAUAAUCCACCACUGCCAUUGAAGGGGGUCAUGCACUAGCUCAGCUGUUAGCCUUUUAAUAGGAUUCACAUGAGAGCUAACCAUGUUGAUAUUGAGUCACCCACAAUUUUGUCUAUAUUAUGCCGAUACCUGUUUCAGCUGCUAGUAAGAGAUAGUCUCUCAAUACAUAGGUCUGUCGGCAGCGCGUUCUUCUAAUGAUUAUAGUAUGUAAUAUUUGACAAUCAUAUGUAUAUUGUACUUGUAAUAGUCCAACUAGAUGUGUACAUUGUGCUUCUUUAAUGCAAAUGAAAUUUAUGUUCCAUCUUGUCUUCUGGUGAUC